CUUACACUAGCUCACCUCAAUCCAGUCUCACAGAGUCUUACUGCCGACAUUGUGGUGAGGGAUUUGAUUCCUUGCCCUCAUCACGUAGAUCUUCAACUCGCGCUUACAAAGAGAAUCGUUCUAGCCAAACUGAUAUUGUUGACAUUGAGGACUUUGAGGAACCAGUCACAGUGGACAAGAGGUAUACUUGGCAAAGAUCUGCUAGUUGUAAAGAAUUGGUUGGUGUGAAAACAAGAUUGCUGGAGAUGAAGAUUGAACGAACAGAUGCUCCAAUAACUAGAUACGAUGAAAGUCAGAGAUCGUGUUAUAGCAUUGCCGGGAGUAAAACACCAUCAUUGGAUCGCAGUGGUGUGGAAACUGUUGAAACUAAAGUUUAUUCAAGUAGCUAUCCGGGAACCACUAGUAGCCUGUCUACUGAAAGUGGAGGUGGAGAAGAAGGUGGUUUGGAGCCUGGUGGAAGUGUUUUGGUUAUAGACACAGGCAGCUCUAGAGAAGAGAUCAUUUUAAGCCAUGAUGAUUUGAGCCAUGACUCAUACGAGCUUUUGGAGAGAGAGGGUUUUUAUGCUGAGUCCAGAUCUUGCAGUUUGGACUCAACAGGUGACCAGUUGCCUGAUGAUGAGAUGUUUAUAAUGGAUGAAGACUUCAGUGGUCAUGAUGGAUCUGAAGUUGAAAAGAGGUUGGGAUAUGUUGAGCCCCGUUAUGGAGAUAUUGGUUUUAAUGAAUUUAAUGAAAAGUGUAAACAGGGAUUUGCCAACAGAAGAGGAGUUGAGUUUGGUGAAUUUGAUGCCAAGUGUAAGCCAGGGAUGGUAAUUGGGUUUGAUGAUGAUGCUAACACAGCUGGAUUGACACAUUAUCCUGUUGAGCGCACAAAAAGUGACCCUUAUGUUAGCGAUUUUUGGCGAGUUGCUAGACAACAUCGUGCAAGAUUGUUACACCAAAAGUCUAUUGAUUUAACUCCAACUGAUCCUGGAUCAGACACUCCUGUUUACCUUGGUGAUGAUAUGAAAAGUAGUUCUUUAGAUAUUCCUUGUAGUAGUAAGAGUGCUGUAGAUAUUCCUUACACAUUACACAAACGACAACAAAUUAAUGGCACAAGUGUAUCUCCACUUUUACUGUCACCCAGUAAGUUAAGUCCAGUUACAGGAAGAAAAUCUCCAUCAAAAUCACCUGAUAUAACUAAAAAGGAAAAAGUAAAGUCACCAAAGAAACCAAUAUCAGAAAUUGACCCCUUAUCAAAAACUAAAACAAAGCCUGACCUUAACUCUCAAGAUUCUGGAUUGUCAUUAUCAGUGGGAACAGAGAGUGUUGAUGAUAUACGUGAAGUACUAAUGAAAAAUGCUAAUAAUUUUGAUCAGAGUAAAGAAGGUGAUGAAGAUAUACAAUUAAAAACUGUUGUUGACGAAAUAAUUACUGAGUCAUUAUUGGCCAGAAAAGUUGCAGAAAAACAUGAAUUACUUGAUAAAGAGACUAAGUGUCCUUUGAUGGUUAGUAAGGAGGUUUCCACUGAUAGAGAAAUUAAAUCAAAUUUAUUACAGGUUCCCGAUGAUUUACAACUAAGACCAAAACCAAUAAAAAAAGAUCUGGUUAAAGGCAAAAGUGAGGAUACAAAAACCAAAAAAGGUACAUUAAGCAAGUCACGCCAAGUUCAUAGUGCUGAUGGAGGUUUACGUAAAGAUAGUUCUUUUGAAAAAAGGGAUUCAGCAGUUAAGGUUAUAAAAAUAGACAGUGAUGAUGGUUUAUGUCAUUGUGAUAAGAAAGAUAGACUGAAAAGCUCAUCCUUGGACAGCUCUGAUCCUGAUGUAAUCAUUGUAGAGUACAGAGGAAAUAGAAAAAGAGCAUUUCAAAAACGAAGCUCUUCUGGAAGUAAAGGUUCUAAAGAGUCAAAAGAUUCCUUAGACAAAGAUAUUAAGAGGAGCUCUAGCUUGGAUGCAGCAAAAAGUGAAAAAGAGAGGAAAGAUAUAAAGUCUGAUAAAGGUAAAGAUGGGAAAUUAAUUCGAAGCAAGUCUGAUGGUAAGGAAGAAAAGAAAAAGAACAAGUUUGAGUCUAAGCAAACAGUUGAAAUCAAAGAAGGACAAAGACCCAAAAAAGAGAUACAGGUUGAAGUGGACAUUGAAACUGAUAGACGAAGUAUACCAAUUACUGAGCAACCAAUAUUAGUGGAAACAAAUAAACCCCAAAUACCUGCCAAGCCACAGAUACCAAGCAAGCCCGCCAAACUACCAACUGCAGAAUCAAAAAAACCAAAAACUCCAGAAAAACCUCCCAGAUCUUUGGAUAAGUUAGUUACAACAGAAAAAGCACCAGAUAAUCAAUCUAAAUUGUCAGAUAAAACAAUUGAAAAUCAGAUAGUAACAGAAAAUAGUUUGCCACCCACAAAAAGUGAAGGGGAUGAUAAAGUUUUAAAAUUAACCAAUAAGGAUGCUAAAGAAUUAAAUUUUACACAAACCAAGGAAGAUGUUAAAAAAUCUGUCACUUCUCCAGAAACUUCUUGGAAGAAGUUUGGUGAUCUGCCUGCACCUAUAUCACACAAAAGAGAGAGAUCUCCUAUAUUGUUUGCAAGGCUGGGACUUUCAGAAGGUUCUGCAUAUUCACCAACCCAUAGACAAUCUUCAGUUCAAUCCCCUUCAUCUUCAAGGAGGUGCAAGUCAUUGGAUGCUCCUGUUGUAUCCCUACAUCGUCUUCCUCCAGUUACUUCCUUUUCUAGUAAAGAUGAUACAUUAGAUAAUGAGGAAGAAAUUGAGCUUGAAGAGAAAACUUUGCGUUCUUACAAGUCUGGAUUAAAGAGUGGUGAAGUAUGCAUACAAGAUUCUAUACUAGAAGAAAAAAGUCCUGAAGGUAAAGAAACGCCUGAAGAUGAAACAAAAAUACAAGAAGAAGCAAUCCCUGCACCUGUUGUUUCUAAGGAUUGUAAUAUACAAUCUCCUAGUAUUCAGCCAAGUUCAAACAUUUGCCAAGAAGAAAUUUCUGUUCACAUAAAAAAUAAAGAUGAUAUUACAGUAACACUAGAAAAGUUGGAUGAAGUGGUUGACAGAGUAAAAGUCAACAAUAUUCUUCAAAGUGAAGAUAGACUGAAUGUAUCUGAUCCAAUAUCAGGUGGCUUAAGUAAUACAUCAUUGCCUCCAUUGUCUCCUCUCACAGAUAGAGCAUUUUCACCUGUAAAAGACCUGCCAAUCUCUCCUCUCAAAAGUAACCCUGUUUCACCAAUAUCCAAAACACCCUUAUCACCAACAGCUUUAUCACCAGCUCCAUUAUCCCCAUCACCUCUAUCGCCAACUCCUUCAUCUCCUAAACCUCCUCUUUCCCCAACUAUAAUAGAACCUCCAUUAUCACCAUCUGCAGAGAGAAGGCCUAGUACACGACAGGAAAGAUUAGAUUCAUUUAAAAAUACGAAGAGCUAUUCAGUUGAUAUCUGGACUUCUGAUGAAGGAGAUAAUCCAGUUAUGCCAACAUUCGAGGUAGAAGAUAUAGAUUUCACUUCAAAAGAUUAUGAGGAUGAAACCUUUAUUAUAGAAAAUGAUGAUGCUAUUGAGAAAAAAAUUCAAUCAGUUGAUGAAAUUAAAAAAGACAUUGAAAUAAAUGAUGUGUUUGAAGACCAUGAUGAUUCACCUAAACAUGAAGUAAGGGAGAUUGUUUCCACCACUGAAGAUGAGUGUUGGGUAUCAGUUGAAGAUAUUCAACAAUUGGGUGAAAAUAUUGAACAGGAGCCAAAAAAUGCAGAUGUUUUAGAUAAUGACGAUAAGACUGAUAGAAGUGAUUCAUUAAAGGUUGAACUAGAUGAAAAUACUGAUGUUUCAAAAGUCCUUAUAGUUAAAGAUUCUGAUAAAUUAGAAAAGACGAUUAAAGAUUUUAUGGAAGUGAUUGAACCUUUGGAUGAACCAUCAACAUCUGGGAUGAGAAUGAUUCCUGAAAAACGAAGCUUUGAUGAUGAACCAUCUAGUUCAUCUUCCAUCAAACAAGUUGAACUAUCAUCAACAUGGAAACCAUUUCCUCUCGAAAGCUCUGGCAGUUCAAGUCUUGAAGAAGCAAUUUUUCCUCCAGAUGAUACGGGUCAUUAUGCAGAUGAGGAAGAAGGUUCUAGCCACUCUAAUGGACAGGAUGAUUUUCCUUCAAGUUUUGGUUACUCCAUGACGGGAGCUGAAAUGAUCAUUAGUGGGUACACUGGUGGAAUGUUUGGAUUGUCCAGAACCCUCUCAAGAAUAAGUGAAAGAAGCACAACAUCAGAACAAGAGAGGUCAGAUUUUGAGGAUGACAUAUCAACAAAACCCUCAUCACGAUCUCUUUCAGUUGAUGAUGAGUCUUUGCUGUCAAGUGAUCGGCAGCCUAGUCUGUCUUCUGAUCCACCUUCAGGUCCUAACCCAGAGGAUCAACCUUUGCCAGAACUUCCACCUUUACCUAAAGAACCUACAGAAGAAAAACUUGAUUUUAAAAUUCCUCCGCCUUUAUUACCAACAUCAGAAGAUGAUUGGCCUUCACCUCCUAACUCUUCUCCAUUUGAUACUCCAGUAGUAAGCCAUGUUGAAACUUUUUAUAUGGAAAUUAAACCUGAAGAGGCUACAAAAGUCAUUGUUGUAGAUCCUGUAGAUGUGGAAAAUGAAGGUGAAAGCUCAACAGAUGAAAACAAAACUCUCCAAGAAGAACUUACUGGAGGAUUUGAUGAGUCGUCUGUUCAAGAGGAGGCCACAGUAAAGUUAGCUAGAAGGCCAAAAACAUCAGCAGGGAUGUAUGCAAAUUCAGCGAGUGAAGAUACAUCUAUUGGGGUUUCAGAUUUUUCUAGCAGCACAAGUACUGUCAAACAUUGUCAGUAUUAUUCAUGUGCUGUGAAGUCAGAUGACAGUUCACUUGCAGGAGACUUUGGCCUGUCUCUGUCAACAGAAAUGCUAUCUAGUCGAAAAAGUUCUGAUGAUUCUGUUGAUAGAUUCCAACCAAAACGAACUGGUCUGUACAAAGUUAACCAGAGGUCAUUUGAUGAUUAUGAUUCUCCUUAUAGUGAAUCGGAUGAUGGACAGGCCAAGCCUCCACCAAAACAACGUAUAAGCCAUCACAGUUCAUAUUAUUCAUCUGUUUCAAGCCCUACAAGUACAACAGCCCCCAAGAAAGGUUUGGAGCGUUCAAAGUUCAACAGAUCAGGAAUUAAGACUUUGCCUUAUUAUUCAGCUCCUACACCUGUAAGUCAUGAGCACAGAGAUGUUUCUGAACUGUUAGAGCGCCGUGAUCGUGACCGUGACCGUAGUUCAAAGUCGAUUGCACGUUCUAAGUGUUACUCUUAUUACUCAUUAGCUCGUAGUCCACCAAGUGAUGGUUCCUCUUCGUCUCUGGACAAUCCCGAACCCCCAUCAACACCAAAUACAAUUCCUCGUGUGUCUAAGCGAAAACGGCACAUACCCCCUGCCAAGAGAAGGCAUCGUGUGUCUGUGGAUAUGGAAGUUCGUGAUGGCCAUAUUGUUUCUGUUUCAAGUCCUUCAGUUGUAGCUUGUGGCAGGAAUAGGCAUCCAAACUCAUCACAGAGAGAUUUACAAGUGAUAGAUCCAGCACGACAGCACAUGUCUAAUCUGUCUAAGCAAUCGUCAGUCUAGCUAAGAUAAUUUAGCGGGUUGGAAAGGUGCUAAUACCUCAGUACCUUAAUAUAAUGUUUAUUGUAUUAAUACAACCAUUCCUCGUUUCAAUGACAUCAUUGUUUACACUCUUCUUGUUCUUUCCUUUAUACUUUUGUACUUAUUGUGUAUAGGUUAAAUUACUCUAGUCAUUAAUCUCAAUCGUUUGGAGAAGUGAACUUGGGGACUCAAGUGAAUAAACUAUUCUUAUUGUAUUCCAGUGUAUCAUUAUGAAUAAGGCUGUGUAAUUUUAUUAAGUUCUAUGUUUAACUAAAAAUUACUGUUAAUGUAUAGGUAGUAUUAGCCAGAUUUAGAUCCAGAUUAAUGGAUAUAUGGAUCCUUAUUUGUUCUUCCACUUUUGUUGUUUUGUAGGGUUACCAAAAUACAAAGAGUGAUUUCAGGACCCGUUACUCUUUCAAUUACAUUUUUGCUCAAUUAAUGUACAGUCACUUGUCAGCUGGAGUCAAGUUUGUCUGAGAUAAAAUUAAUUUUCAAAGUGAAAUUAGUAAUUUAUUAUUGUUAAAUGAUUACAUGUGUUUAUGCUUUUAUAUGGAAGUUACUACUAUUAUUUAAUGAUACAUUUGUUAACUUAUUAUUAUUGUUAAGUUAGAGUAUAGUAUCGUAUAAUGAAGCCUUUUUAAAUGUUAUUAUAUUUAUAACAAGAUUUUUUUAAAUAUAAAGUUAGGGAAAAUGGAUAAUACAUGCACUAACAUUACUAAACUAAAUAUAAAUUAAUAAUGAGAUAAUAAAAUUGCAUAAAUUUAAUACAAUAAUAUACAAGAGAAAACUAAUAUUAGCUGAUCUUAAUUUUGUUAAUUUAAGAACAACAUUGUAUUUGAUCAGUGUUUAUUUCAUGUUCAUCAUGUGAAUGGUCUUUACAGUGUCAGUUUUAGUAAUAUUUCUUUAUUGCAGUUUUAAAUUAAUUGUUUGAUUUCAGUAAUGAUUUAAGAAUGUACGUAUUAGUAUUGAAAUUCUUUCAGUACAAUGUUUUAAAGGUAAUUAAACUGGUAAUUUGGAUCUUACUAUGCAACAACGAGUAAAGUAUUAUAUUUCAUAACAAUGAGAUACCACAAAGAAGUUACCAUGUAUUUUACAAUAUCAGAGUUUGGGUUAAGUUGGGUCUUGUGUAGACUAUAUUUCCAGACUUACCAGGUCAGAUAUGUGGAUUAGUGGAGUGUGAGACAAGACAGAAAAUGAAUGGAAUCACCUGUACAAAUAACCAUUUAAAGUCAGUGCAAAACGGUUGUGGUUUCUCAAUAGUUACAAUAUUUGAAGUGGUAGAUGAAUAUAUCCCUCACCUAUGCCAGACAUCCAGUAUCUAUCUGCAUGUUCAUUUGGCUCCUUGAAGAUUUUGGUGUUUUAGUUGGACACCUGGAAGGUAGAAUUAUCUCACUCUGUAAAAAAUUGUCUUUAAUCAGAGAAAAUUAACUUUAAAUUCAUGAAUGAUAUAAUCUGAUAAAAUUGGUAUAACUUUCUAGUUUUAUCUCAAUAUUUUGCAUUGUCACAAAGAAAUCACAGAGAAUUGGUACACCAUACUAUACUUCUGUAGUAUCAGUAACAUACAAGUGGCAUGUUUCUCUGAUAAUGCACCACUACUUCAGAAUUGGCGAGUCGGGUUUAUUUGAUACAUGGAAUGAAGAUUAAACUGAAAUUUGUAUAGUUAUAAUAAAUUAUCAGCAAAGUUAUUUUAUUGAGUGAAAACCUAAUAAUAAUAUGAAAUCCAUAGUUAAGAGUUUACAAUAUUCUAGUUUAAAUUUAUUUUCAAAGUACUUGGUAUAAACUUGAUACUACCUUUUUAAUAUUUUUAAAUUAACAGAGUUAAAUUGGAUUCACAUUAACUAUAAGUUUGAAUAUUUUAUUGUUAUUUCACGCUGUUGUUAACUUUCAGUGAUAUUUUAUAGAUUGUAAUAUUUAAGAUUGAAAUUUAAACUAUAAUUGACACUUAUGAAAAUUAUGGAAAUAGUUAAUACUUUUAAGGCUGACUGACAAAACAGGCAUCUACGGUAAAAAGUGUUUGUGGCUGGUGGCCAUUAUUAGUCAAUUUUUUAAUACUUUACUUACAUUUGUUUAUUAUUAUUUUUUUAAUGCUGUAUAAUUCAAGCUCUGCUUGUAAUUGAAACAUACAAGCAUCAUGAAACACUAAUAGUUGCUGCUGAAUAUGUAUAAAUUACUAGUAUGUAUCUUUUAGACACAUGAAAUAUUUCUUGCCUUUUGAACAAAUUAGACACAGUGUAUACUUUAAUGUAAACUGUUUACAGUUACAUGUGCUUUACCCAAGUCUCAUCUGUCAUUACGAUACGAUCUAUGACUUGGUUUCCACCUUUGUCUUCGUCUUACAAAAUAGUCAGUGCUGCAGCAAAUCUGUUUUUUUUUUGUGGUCUUCCGUUAGAAUUUACAGAAAGCACUUGGCACAAAAUUUGGGGAAAAUGUCUUGAGAGUUCUGUAAUCGUAAAAUAAUAAUUUUCACGAUUGUUUCACCACCAAUUUAUCACUCACAAGACUAGGCCUUCCACUGCAAUGCUCACCAUGACACUGGUUUUUUAAUUUUUUAAAUCAAUAUGCCACUGCCUCACUGGGUUUUCAGUCAUUAUUCCUUGACCGUACACAUAUUUUGGUAAAUACGUAAUGAUAAAUUUCAAGUGGUUUGUGAUUUUUUGCCAACAAAAACCUUCUCAUAGAUCAAACUUUGCAACUGGUAGAACUUCAAUUGCAGCGCCCAUUUCAACUCACUGUAUACGAAGUAUGAUAGGCACGGCACGAUGUACAAUCUACCAGGGCUGGUUGUAUUGAGUGCAGGAACACUCUGACGCCAAGAUGGUGAAACUAGUCCCACCCAUUGUCGUGAGAAUAUUCCUAUAUAGAAAGACACACAUUCCAGCAAUGUUGGCUCACUCUGCAGAUGGUCUCCCUUGCUCCAGUCAUUGAAAGUUCAUUUAAUUUUAAAUAAUCGUACCAGAAGAAUAUGAUUUAUUAAUAUUAAACUCAGAAUUGUACAUUUUAGAAUACAUUUUUUUACUCUACACUAGAGUUUUGUUUACGCCAAGUUUGAUGUGACCAAGUAAUUUAAUUACCUAAAAGUUGAAAUAAAAAAAAAUAUACUACCAUAAUUUUUAUGACAAAACCGUGAUCAUUUUAAGCAUGAAGUAUACCUGCAGAUCUAUUACAUUACUUUAGGAAUAUAUUGAGCAGUGAUUUAUACAGCAUUAUAUCGUGGUCAAUGCGUAUUUUUAUGUAAGUAGACAGUAAUAAACUACUUUUUUGCUUUUAAUUGAUUCAGUUUCAGUCUAUUAAAAAUCUUGUCUAUUUAAAAUCUUAAAUUACAUUUUGUUAAGUAAAAGCAUCUUGUUAAUUAUAUUAGUAAAUUUUUGACUCAAUUUAUGUUAACCCUGAAACUGGGAACUAAAAAUGCUGUAAUGGCAGGCUGUUUCGGAACAUUUUGCAAACAUUUAUUCUGAGUGAUUUUCAUGCUCAAGCACUGUAAUUUAUAAUGAUAAUAUAUGUUAUUUUACUGAGUAAGUUCUGUAGAAUAUUGAGACAUAUUAAUUCCUUUGAUAUACAAAUAUGAAUAUUUUUCACAUCACUGUGAAACUGGAAUUGAAAAUUAAAAUUACAAUAUUCUGGGGGGACUGUACUUACAAACUGACACAUAGUUUGAAAUUAAUAAUUCCAAAAUAACCCAAAGACAGAAGAGUUGUCUAAUUAAAAAAAACAUAUAAUUUUAUGGGAUUUGUAUAAAAAAAAAUGUGACUUGUAACCUAUUUUACUAAGAUUCGUAUGGGUGCAAUCUGUUAGUUAGAUACCCUAUUGGUAAACAUCUAAAACUUCAUGAAAUUGAAGUAAAAUUAACAAUUGUAUAUUUAUAUGUCACUAUACACAUUCAAAUUAUAUUAUUCUAAUGUAUUUCACCUAUUUUGCAAUACAUCAGCAAAGUUGUAAAUCAAAAUCGCGAUGAACACAUAUUUAAAGCAAACAAGAACAACUCAAGAGAAACUUCAGCCCAACUAACCAACUGUAAACACAAAAAGAUGAUCACAUGUGAGAAUAGAACUGAAACAAAACACUCAUGUAUAAUCUAAUUUUAGUUUAAAAUAUUUACUUCAUAUCAAAUAUAGUGUAUAGUCAAAAUCAUAAAACAAUCAAAUUUCCUAACCUUAUUGUAAUAAAUUAAACAAGUAAUAAUGCUAAAAAAUAAUUAAUUAAUUAAAUUAUUAAUUAAACUUGCUCCCGAUUUCUUCCUUUAGUUUAAAUUUUAUGAUUGUGUUGUUAUUGAUGUCAAUAGUUUGUUAAUAAACAGUUCUAGUCAUUGUUACCACAUAUAAACUUGUUUUAGAUGAGUAUUUGUUGAUUAAUCAAGCAAGCCUAAAUAAAAGCAAUGAAUUAUGUAAGAAAAACCAAUUAGAAUUUGUUAAUCGGUUAAUGUUUCUUUACUCUAAUACAGUAAUUGAAACUUUUAAAAUUGUGUCUUGUAUACAUUUUUUUUAUAACGUCUCAUUUGUUUGUGUUACGUACAUUAAAAAAAAGUUGAUUUAGUAAGAUUUGUACAGAAAAGAUCUUAACAAAUCUAGUUUGAGCAAACAAACCCAUGAAUAGAAGUGUUUCAAAAAUAUGUAAAUAAUUUCAAUAAUAUUUUCAUCAUAAGGUGCCAACCAGUCCCAAGACGGUAACUGUGUUAAUAUCAUCAGUUUUCAAUAAUAGUGUUAAUAGUAAUUUUUAGGCCUACAUAAAGACUUAUUUUUAAUUGGAGUCGUACAGUCCUUGAAAAAGAUUUGUAUUAUUUCAUAGAGUUAUAAAUGUUAUUAUUGGUUUUUUAUGUAAAGUAUUGAUUAUAUUUUAAAGACACUGCGUUGAAAGUGAAACUAUGGUUGUUUGGGUACGAGAAAAGUCUUUUAUGUAAUCUAUAUCCUUAUUUACACACUUUAAAUGUAAUAUAAUGAGACCUUUGUUAUAUUUAUGUACUAUUUUGGGAAACAUUAUUAUAUAUUUAAAGUGCAUUGAAUAGUUUUACUACUUCUACACCAUGUUAUAAAGAAAUAACAGAAUCCUAUUUAUGUUCUCACAAGAGAAGGGCUAUCAUUACUGAGCACUAUUAUAACACUUCUUCAACACAAAAUAUUUACUGUAAAAAACAAUGUUUUUGUUUUUAUUUUAAUGAUAAUAUUAAGGCUCACACCUUCAUUUUUUAUGACAAAAAAUGGGGAUUGAAAAUUACUUAGUAAGUUACAAGGUAUGUAAUUUUAAUAUAUUUAUAAAUUUUCAUUAAAAUCUGAAUACUGUGACACUGUCAACUGUCUAUAGAUUUACCACAGUGUUUUCUGAAAAUGUUCGUAUAUUGAACAUUAGAUCAACAAGAUGUUGCUUAUUUGUAGCCUACAGUUGAGUAUAGGUUGAUGGCAAUAUUUGCCUGAACUCUUGUUUGUCAAAUAGAUUUUUUUUACUUCUUGAUUGAAUUAUUUUAUAGUUAUAGCAAUGAAACAUACAUGAAUUAUGCAAAAGGACAGAUAAAAUAAUUAAACAUAAAAGAAAUAAUAAGUGGAUUUUAUUAAAUGAGCUGAAGGUGCCAAUCUGUAUAUGUACAUUGAGUUCCUUUAAAUAUUGGUUAACCACCAGAGGCUUUGUCUAUUUUAUGAAUUAAAAUUCCUGUGGCAGUUAAAAAGUUGUCAGUUGUGAAAUAUGUGUUGUGGUCUGUUUUAUAAAUGCAACAGACUUGAAGGACAUAAACAAUAAUAGAGGGGCUAGUGAAGUAUGUGGAGAAAAUACCAUGAAUGAGGGAAUGGUUAGAAAAUUUGAUAAAACGUGUAAAUAUGGCCAUACAAAUAUUAUGAUAAAGAACAAAGUAUGCCUUGUCGUCAUUACUGAGGUCUUGAUGUAAAAAUAUGUUGAUGGAGAUAAAAAAAGGAGCUAUAUGCUUUCAUGAUUGUAAAAUGAGGUUCUAGAAGUUCUGUAUGCUCUGAGAUAUAUUGCUCUGUAAAUCGUAAUCACAUCAUAUCAAUCAAUCCAAAACAAAAGAUAUGAUAUGUUUAGUAACAGAAUUGUGGGUUUCUAGGCAAUACCCUUCUUCUUGCCUGAAUAUCAUUGAUCCUGAAAUCUCAUCGCAUCAUUUGGCUGGGAACAAACUGAUCAACAUCUAGACCCCUUAUCUAGCAUCUAGUGGAUUACCACUAAUUGGUGCAAUUAAAAGAACACUUGAAGGUGGUUAACAUCUUGUAUUAUGGUUAUUCUUAUUGUGAUUAUAACAAUAUAUAGAUGGUUUGCCUCUUUAGAUCAUCUAGUGGCAGACUUAUAUGACUAUGGAACUCAAAACCUGGUAGUGUGAUGAUAAAUGCUUCUUGAGUCUUUUAUGAGCCUGAGUCUCUACACAUAGACCUGAAGGGACCUAUGUGUCUUCCUUGCUUAAGUUGUAGACCUCAGAAUUUUAGGUCCUUUAGGCUGAGCUUAUCUUUUAGGAUUUUUUUCUGGGUUUGCAAAUGACUUUUACUGAUUCUUCCGCUUCCCCGCAGAGUUUGCAUUCAUCAGUCCGGCUUAGAUCCAUCUUCAUCAGAUGUUUCCUAACCAACCUUUUACAUAUGGAGAUAAUAAUUUUUUUAUUGCCUGAGUCCUGAGACCUCGGAUCUAAUCCUUUUCCCUAUCUGCUAAAAGGCUUUCAGAGUCUAUCUUGGCAAGAGCAUCAGCUAUGUCAAUCCCAGGAAUGCCUUUGUGGCCCAGCACCCAGCCAAGGGCAAUUUUGUUCAUCUUUGCCAGUCCCAUAAUUGAUAAAUGCCUCAAUAUUGGUGGAUUGUUUACUUAAAGAAGUACUCAUUAUACUUAUGGCAGCAAAUAAUAAAAUCGGCUUAAAAAUACAUUUUGGUUCACAACUUAUUGUCUGUGAUGCAUUGUUUAUUUAGUUUUAUGAUAUGUAAAUUAACAGCUUUUUAUAAUUUGGUAAUGCCCUUCUUUAAUCAAGUAAAGCUGUAAACACUUUUAAAACUUCAUACCUUUUUUAUAGAUUUCAAGCAUAAUAAAAUCGUGUGAAAAAUGAUAAGUAAAAUUUAAAAAAAUUAAAGUUCAGGAGAUAAAAAAAGUAUAAUUUCAAUGAUAUAGUCUAAUUUAAAAAUAACUAAAAGCACUGAUUUUUAUAUGUGAAAUGUAGCAGAAUAAACUCCUUAGACAGAAGAACUGAGUAUCGAUCAAUAUUUAACAUUUGAAACAUACUAUGGUUUUAAAAUAUAUGUGGAUAGUUAUUUCUAAUGCUUCAUAAUGUAUUUCAUCAGAAAUAAUAAUAACUCUUGUUUUAUACCUUCAUUUCAUGUGAAGUUUUUGGGAGAAACUAAACAGUCAAUUUCACAUAUCCAGUGAUAUCCAAGAGUUGUCCAUUAAAUAACUUAUUUUGGAAAUUAGUUUAGUAUGAAUGGAUUUAUUGUUUAGUGCCGACUUGCAUUGAUAUUGAUGGAACUAAACCUGGAAACAAACAAUUUUGAUGUUGUAAAUGAGGUUCAUAAUAUUUUUAUGUUCUACUUGAUAAAUUAUCCGUAGACAAUCACGUAAUCUUUAAACUAAACACAUAAGGUCAUAAUAUCUUAUAUUUACAGUUGAGAUUGCAAAUACAUUUUUGGACAAUGAAAUGUUCCUGAGUAUCCAUAUAGUCAAUGAUGUUAAAUUGGAAAAAGUGUAAUCUAUGCCGACCUUCCACCGUAUCUAGCAAAUGUUUUCAACAUUCAAGUCGUUCUUCAUAGCUUAAAAUUGAAUGAUUUCAAAUCUUCCUUAGGCAUGCAGAAAAACACUGAAUUUUCUAGAAUAAAUUAAAUUCUUACUAAGUUAUAAUCAUUUUGGAAAUGCUUUAAGUUACAUUUACAUAUUAAUACCAAGUGUAUCUAUCAUUCAAGUUAACUUUCAACAUUAUAAGUAAUUAUGAAAUGGUAGUAUGGUGAUGGGUUGGUAAAGACUUCACUUUUUAUUCAUAAAGAUAAAAUAUAUUAAGCUAUUGAAUAUAUAUGAAAACAUAAAAUGUAAUUGGUAACAGUUAAUGAAUCCUUAAUUACUAUUAAGUUGCAAUUAAUGUUUAAUGUGACUUUUGGAUGUCACUCUCCAAACUUGAUUCUCUCAGUACUUUGUAAUGAUGAAUAUUGUAGCCUUCAUGAAGUAUAAGCUGAAUGACUGUAAUUUGUCUUCCAUACAAAAUACAUAUUUGAAGAGACUAGGGCAUUAAUUCUUUGAAGAAACGGCACAUUUCUUUAGAACACAAUAAAUUGGUUAGUAAUUUUGUAUUCUACUCAUGUAAUAUUCUGUGUUAGUAGCCUAAGCUAUAUUUUACUUGAACAUUCAGUGAUGAUUAGUUAUGUUGAGGACUGCACGUCUCCAUUGUACAUAAGUAUGGGAUAAUCAAAGAAAUGCCAAGGCUUUAAUGCUCAAUAUAGGCUAGACCAUGAGUGUAAUAAUUAUAUCCAUAAUGUGUGGUGGACUUGCACUUUAAUCAGAGUGGACAUAAUUUUGCAUUGUGUUUUUAUCCUACAUUUUACACAUUUUCAGUUCUUUGUUAAGAGUGGUAAGAUAAAUUAUUCACAAGAACAUCAUCUGGGUAAAAUGAAUGUUUGUAUUAAGAAUUUCUGUGGCACAUAGUCAGCUCAGAAAAACUAAACUUUCAGAGGAUACUUUUAGGAUUGGAGAUGUCCAUUUUUCUUCAAUAUUGGGUUAAUUAGCCUAAUUUACAAUAUAUUGCAUAUCAAUCUCUAUAAAAUAAACUUCUGAAAAUGUCAAUAACAAAAUAAUACACAGCCUGACAUUAAAACAAUGUAUUGAUUUGUGAACGGCAGUAGUUUUUUUGUUGAUAAAUCCCUCAUUUGUUCAGUAACAACAAACUGGGUUAGUGUGCUCAAACUUUGUUUUUCAAGUUAUGACACUCUAUGCUGCUGUAAAUAUUUCAGAAAGUAUUGGCUCUGCUUCUUGAACGUUAUUUCAUUCUCAUCCUCAUCCAGUUCUGUGUCACCUUAAAAAAAAAAAUACGCCUAAGUAAACAAACAAACAAUGACUUCCUUCAUUUCUGCGCCACCCAAUACACAAUUCGCUCAUACCUCGUAUCUGUAUUGUUCAACAAUUCAGUCUAAAAUAAUACAGUGCUAUUUUAACAUAAUGUGAUUGUUUUCAUCAAAAUCAAAUCAGAAUUAUUGAGGACCCUAUAAAUAAAUAUUGUCCGGAAUUAAUCAUAUCAGCCAAUAUUAUAACAAAAGUAUUGUAGUUUGUUAAAUUAUUACUACAAAAUAUACUACAAAACAUGAGCUCUUUUAUUUUUCAAAAAUAUUUUGUUUUAUCAUUCGUAUGAUUAAAGUAAUUGCUUUGAUUAAAGUUAUUGCUUUUUGUGGCUAAACAUGAAUAGAGUAGAAUAGUUUUUUUAUUGAAUAAGACAUAGGCAGUACCAUUUUCAAUAGAAUUAAUAAUAAAAUGUUGAUAUUUUGUCUUUAAAAAUUGGUUUGAAAUUUUAAUAUUGAUCAAAGUUUGAUGUUUGGAAGUUUGAUACCCAAUAAAGUCUGGUAGAAGGUUGAACAGGUGUAUUUCAAUUUGGAGGGGGUCAGCUGUCUUUGUCGUGAGUCAGCAAUGGGUCAUGUCUAAAUUAUUUGUGUAGUGUUGUAGCUAUGUAUUUCACUCCUGCUUGUCAAAAAUGAUGUGUUUUCUUUUAUAUGGAUCGUUAGGGUCAAGGUGUAUUGGGAGGGAAGAUUAACUGUCCCCAUUCUUUUAAAAUAGCCCUGGCAUGACUCUCUAUGACUUAAACCAUACAAAAUGCGUUUUGCAGUUUUUUGGAUCUUAAAUAUGGUGUCUGUAUGAGGUGAAGAUCCCCAGGCCAGUAUGCAGUAUGACAAACUGCUAAAGAAGCAGGUAAAGUAAACUGUUCAUAACACCUUAUAGGAGUGGAUCUGGCCAGACUACAAAGCAUAAAAUUGCAUUUUUUAAGCUUCUUGCUCAUGUCUUCUACAUGUCCAUAACAGGAAAAACGAUAGUCAAGAGUCACUUCCAAGAAAUUUACACUGCUGUUGCUAUUGUAUGUCUCAGAUAAAUCAAUAUGAAGAUUUUGGGUUUUAUCAGAAUUAAGCUUGAAGCUGUUUGCAGAGUAUCAGUUUGUUAUUUUGUAGUAUGUUAUUUUAUCAACUUGCUUAAUGUGAUUUCGUCCUGUCUUGCAUCAGUUCGGAGAGUUAUGUCAUCAGUAAUGAAGAAUGUAGAUAUUUAUAAGAAGAUGAAGUGGUAUUGUGGGUCGUUUAUAAACAAUAUAAAGAAGAUCGGCUCGAUCCUUGUUUCACACUUUGUGUAAUAUAUUGUGAAUUUGAUCGAUUAUUUUGAUAUUCCACCACUUGUUGCCACCCUUGGAGAUAGUCUUUAAUGAAAGCAGUAGUCUUUACACUGAAACCAUAGCAUACCAACUUUGCAAGUAAUAUAUUGUGGAGGACUAAAUCAAAGGCUUUUCAUUGGUUGAACAGGCUCUUCAAUGAUACCACUGAUUUUCUAGACCUGUGAGCAUAUCUGUUAGUAAGUCUACUGUGGCUGAGCAUGUGCUUUUGCCUUUUAUAAAUCCGUACUGGUGGUCAUUUAGUAGAUUAUGUCAUUCAAGAAAUGACAGUAUUGGGCAUAGCAAGAUUGAUUCCAUGACCAGCCAAUAUUGGUAUGAUACCGACAGAGCGAUAGUCAUCAUACGAGACCAUUUUACCUUUUUUAGGAAUGGGUAUGAUUUUCCCCAUUUUGGAGAUGGAGGGAAACACCCCUUCAUUAAAGCAAAGGUUUUUUUAUACACAUUAGAGGUUUGUCAAUCAGGUUUUCUAUGUAUUUUACUACUAUUGCGUCAAUUCAAAAUGAUCAUUGGCCUUUGAGUUAUUAAAACCAGUCAUAGUCGCAAAUAUCUCUUCUACUGUUGUUUUUUUAAAAUUAAAACUUGUUGAUGGUGUUGGUGAAUGCUGCAAGUAGUUCAGAUAAUUACAUCCAAGGAUUGUUCCCACAACAUUUUGCGAUGUAAAAAUGGUCAUUAGGCUUAGGAAGUCAUAAACAUGAACCAAAUUUAUGAAGAAAGAUGCAUAUGCAUAAAAAUGGCACUUUCAAACUGUUGCCAAAACACUCAUGUAAACACAAAAAACAAACUCAGAUCAUCAUGCCAAUUAUAUUAUGUAUUUUGCUUAUGAUUUGAAGCAAUCCAAAAAUGUUCUGUGAUUGCUUUUCACUUUUACAUCUUUGUCAAAUGUACACUUAUAUAAAUAAAAACUACAAUGUAGGCCUUUACAUAUAAACACAUAACACACAAUACAUCAAUUAAAAUUUCACUUUGCUGUGUUGUCAAAUUUUAAAAAAGUGGUUAAAAGCAUAACGGUGCGGCUGAGUUUAAAAUCGUACAUUUGUGUAUGUUUGGGUUCAAGGUAGCAAUUACAUCUUGGUCCAUUUUUCACUCUGUUUGCAUUUCUGUUAUUAAAAUCCUGUUGUAAAUGAGAUUGUUUCUGACGUCCACUAUUUCAUUAAAAAUAUUGUUUUCCUUGUAUAAUAGUAUGUGUAUAUAUUUAUUUAUUUAUUUCAAUAUCCUUUAAUCUAUUUAAUUUUUAUCCUUUGUGGAAAUGAUGUAAUAUUUUCAUAUAUUGAUGUGUUAAAUAUUGACUGUAACUUGUCAUUGAGAGUUUGAUAAUAAUAGUUUCUGAAAUUGGAGACUACUCUUUUAUCAAUUUAUCAGAAAAUAAAUCAUUUAAAUUCUCUGCUAAAUUUAAAAGCUUUGUAUAAAAUUAAACUGGGACAAUAACUAAACUCAGGGCAGAAAAACACUCUUUGAAAAUAGGAAUAAUAAUAUUUGAAGAUUUUAGGAAAUUUAUGAAUUUUGUGUUCGAUUGUUUCUGUCCCUUUGUAAAGUGCGGGUCCACUUUUUGUAAAUUACAUGUUUUUUCAAACAACACCACUUAGCUAUUGACUCCCACUGCAGCGACAACCAGUGUUCACUUUAAUAUCCCUGUACAUGUGGCAUAUCACUUAACAGCAUCCAUGAAACUAAUUAAUUAACAUCUCCAGAUUUUACCUUAUGAAGGAUACAGGAUGCUUGCCAAACAGGGAUCUAAUCAGGAGUGAAUGUUUUAUGUUUAGAUAUUAUUAUUUAAUAUUUGUUAAAAUUAUCUUUCCGUACAUAAAAAGUUAGUUGUAAAAGUUAGAGAAGAGGGUGAAGUGAGCACUGGGGUGUUCUGCCUCGGCAACGACCCCCACACAAACUGGUUAUAACGUGUACAGUAUUACAUUUAAAUCGUGUUUACAACUUAUGUUGUGUAUUACAUUGAUAUGAAAUUUUUAUGAACUAAGAUGUUAUAUUCUAUUGUUUGAUUUGUGUUUACUUUUUAAUAAAUGUUUAUAUUCGAUCCUCGUGAUUAAAGCUGAGUUUUAUAGUG